AAAUAAAAUUCCACUCCACCACUUUUCUCAGUCAAACUUUCCUUUCCCUUUCUAUUUUCUGCGCUUUCCCACACUUCCAAUAUCCAUUCAAAAUGACACCCCCCCUUAAAAUCACAUACUCGUCAUAACACAUAACAUUUCAUUCCUAACCCCUCUUCUUCUUUUUUUUAUUUUUUAUCUUCUCUUAUCUUAAACUUAUUCUUCUGCUACACCAAUCCCAUCCUUGGUCCAUGUCCAGUUCAAGCCAUCUUUGGCAUGUGCCACUUGGCCUCUGACACAAAAACUUUUCUUUUCGGAACCAAUCAUUUUUCAUCAAACUUCAACAUUUACAUAACUCUUAAUUUUAAUCACUUUUGUUCGUAGCUACAUCAACAUGGACCACAUGGGAGACCCGAAGAGCAUCAUACAUGAGCUGCUACAAGGUUUAGAGUUGGCAAGGCAACUCCAAGUGCAUCUCCACAUGCCAUCUUCGUCCCAAGAAACACGUGACCUAUUGAUCCAGAAGAUCAUAUCAACAUUCGAAAAGGUGCUUGAAAUGGUAAAAUGGAAAGGGCCAGUGCCAGCGGGUGAGUCAUCACAACAUCCCCUAGGGGCUGCAUUAAUCCGAAUGUCAGAUUCACCUUUGAGCAGUGAAGACUCCGAUAGAGAUUUGAAGGACCAGGACCCCAAUGCUUUCAAAAAGAGAAACACUUUGCCAAGAUGGACGAAACAGAUUCGAGUUACACCAGGAAUGGGAGUGGAAGGACCUCUUGAUGAUGGAUAUAGUUGGAGAAAAUAUGGCCAGAAAGAUAUCCUUGGAGCCUUGUACCCGAGGGGCUAUUACAGAUGUACCCACAGAAAUGUUCAAGGCUGUAUGGCAACAAAGCAAGUGCAAAGAUCCGAUGAAGACCCCACCAUUUUCGAAAUCACUUACCGAGGAAAACACACCUGCACAGUGGCCAUUAACGUGGGUUCUUCAUCACCAAUUCCACUAGAAAACCAGGAACCAAGUUUGAACAACACAAAUAUUCCUCAGCAUCAGCAUCAGCAGAAUAUCCUGCAAAGCCAUGAACAACAACAAAACGAACUACUUCUGAGCCUGCGGAAAGGGUUGAGAGUCCAAACAGAAAACCUAGAUUCCCCCGAACAACCAUUAGUUCCAUUCCGUUUCCCUUUGUCCACAAACAUAAAAAACGAAAGCCAUGUUUUUCCUUCCCCUGUGCUUGAAAACUUCACUUCUCCUUCUUAUGUUUCCCCUGCUGCAUCAGGAAUAGGCCACUUUUCUGUGUCUCCAAGUGGAGUAGUGAACAGCUUUGAAGGGAACCCAAAUUUGGCAAAUUCUGAGUCUCAGAUCAAUGAUAUGAUCCCUGCCACUACUACAACUUCAGCAGCUCCAAACUCAUCAACCGUUGGCUUAGAGUUUCCCUUUGACCAGUUUGAAUUUGAUGGCCAGAACUUCACAUUCGAUAACCCACGGUUUUUCUCUUGAAUAUGCUCAAUUCAGAGAAGAAGCCAAAUAAAUCAUAAAAACUAAUUAAUUUUUUUUAAAAAUGAACUAGAAGCAUAUGGUGAAAGUUUGUGGUAACAUUCUAGAAUAAUAUGACCCUUUAGAAAAAGAGGCAAAAACAUUUCAAUGUAUGUCUUAGUCAGCUACUUGUGUCGUAGGAAGAAUGUGCAAUUCUAAAAUUGCUUAGUCAAUAAGAAUUUUCCUUUAUCAUUAGAGACAUGUCAAGUUAAUAUCUCGUAGGUUUUUCUUUUGUUUGUUUUCUCCCCUUUUUCUCGUUUUUGGACUAUAAAAGUAGAAGGGCUUCUUCCACAGUGCAAACUGGAUAAUGAAAAUGGUCAUUUUAUCGAGUCA